AUGGUCUCUGAGGAAGAGCCCUGCAGAGCACAGACUGCUUUUGAAUUAGAACAGUUCAGAAAGCCUGAAACAAGAGAUGACCAAGUGUCUAAGGAACAGGAAUUCAAAGCACAUCAAGGCAAAGAGGAAGGCUUAUACAUAACUAGUGCAGUUACACUGGAAACGAGCAGCAGUGUAAGCAGUUUGUGUCAGGGAGGUGGUGCUGAUGUUGACCUUCAAGGGCCCAGCAUUGGCUCUGACCAAGCAGUAGGCAGGCAAGGAAAUGAAGGCUGUAAUGGCUCAAAGGAAGAAAUAGGUAUUUGUGAAGGACCUUCUCCUAGGGAAGGAAGGGAGGGCUCUGCUGCAGAAGACACUGCUAACCCCAGCAAAGACAGUGCAUUCAGUCUAGAUGUGUCUGAUGUCUUUGAUGAGGCUGUGAACAGGGAGAUCCAUAACACUUGCAUGCUGGGCCUGGAUAAUAUAAGUACCUGCAGCACUAACAGUGAGGAAAUGGAUGACAACUUAUCCCACAUCCUGGGAAGUAACAACAGUCUCUAUAAAACGGUGCAGAAGCCAACGAAGAAUGAGAACAGUGGGAAAGCUUCCAGGUUUUUAGUAUUCUCAAAAAUGACAUCUUUCAGGAAAACUAAGCCUACCACAGCAGAAAAUCAGGGAAGUAGCAGUUUCUUUGGCAUUAAGGCAAAGAUAGAAGAGCUGGAAGCUGGGAAAGACGAUGAAGACAGUGCAAGUUUACUGUCUUUCAAAAGUUGUCCAUCUGGUUUAGUCUUCCACAGGAAGGAAAGUUACACCUCUGAGUACUCUGAUGAUGACGACUUAUUCUAUGAGAGACCUGCAGGAUUAUUCAACAGAUUGAGCCUGAGGAAGGCCUCUGGCUCUGGUCGGAUACUGAUGGAAGACACAGAUACGAAUUCAGCUUCUCCCUGUGUGGGACCUGGCAAAUAUGCAGAUCGACAAGUUUCAGGUUCUUCUGAAAACAAUGACAGUGAACCUCUGGAGCACUCUGGGAUUAGAAAAUCAUUCCCUGAAAAUGAAUACAAAAGGAACAAAACCCCUGAGGGCAAGAAGUUCAAGACAAGGUUGGCCUUGGCACACAAAUCCCUCUCAAGCUUUUUUGAGUCCAGAUCUACAGAAAAGGAAAACACUGAGCAGAGUUCGAGAGUAGCACUGAAAAAUGAAAAGGAGAAAGCCAAACUUCGCCAGAGCACCUGGAAAGCUUUUCUAAAAAGCAAGGAGGCAGAUGGACUGAAAAGGCCUGUCUUAGCAAGUUUAUCACCGACACAGGAGGGUCUGAGUGCAACGGGUGGCCGUGUGGUGAGAACAUCCGUAGAGCGACAGAGUAGUUCCAAUGGACACACUUUUUUAAAAACAGAAGCAGAUAAUGGCUCCAGCUAUUUUGACAGCUCUGUGGAAUCUGUUGAUGUCUCUUCACCUGCAGGUAUGUGGAGAAGACGAAUACAGUCCCACGACCUGCGCAUUAAAUACUCACAGAGUUCCGACUGCGAUGAACAGCAGGAGGUUCUCAGCAACAGUUUAAAUACUUCCCUAGAGGAAUACUGGAUGAAAUCUCCAUUUAGCCCCGCUGACUUGCAGUUGGCAUUUAGUCAGUCAAGUCCAUCGUGUCCCCACCUCUCAAAUUCCGAUGGUAAAGACAUGCCUUGUAGGCCCAUGAGUCCCAAACCACAGAGUCCACGAUCCACUUCUCACCACAAGACCUUCCGUUAUCCUGGAAGGGUGUGUGCCACUUCCAUGAUUUCUCUUGGGAACAGCUCUGGAGUUGAAAGCAGUUUGGAGGCUCCUGAGAGACCAAAGACAUUGAAACCCAGAGGUAGUCUCUUACUUUCUGUGCACUCACUGGAAACCGAAUACCAGAGGGAUGACAGUGGCAUAAGCAGUCAAUCCCAGAUCAGCUUAAAUACAGCUUCUUCCAUUAGUGACAUGCUCCAAGAUGAGGAGUGUAGACAGCAAUGUCAAACGGCGCCUGAAAAGAGACCAAAUAAGAAAUGGGUUCCCCAUCGCAAAAGGAGGCCCCCCAGGGUCCCACCAUCCCCUCGCCCUGACUCCACCCUGGAGAGCAAAGCCUGGAGGCUUUCCUUCCUUGCUCCAGAUGAAAAAGCCAAGGAGAUUCCAGAGAGGAGGAGGAAGAGACCUAAACCCCUCUAUAAGUGCUUCAGCUUCGAUGAUGUUUGGAUGGAGAGGAACCGAAAAAGGAAGCUAGAGAAGGAGACACGGCCAGAGAGAGGGGCUCAAGUGCAGCAUCUCCCAGGGGACCCAUUAAAAGCUGGAAGAAGUCCAUCCAUCACAUCUCCUGUUGCCUUUGACAUGCUGCCACUGAAACUGCAUCCAUUUUCCCAGAGCACUCCGACAGGCUUGGACUGUGUGGGCUGGAAACGGCGCAUCUCUGCUCCCGUGAUCGCUGACGGGGCCCUGGAUAAGACAGCUCUGACGGACGAUGUGGGGAGCGAGGAGGACCUGUACGAGGAUUUCCGGAGCUCCAACCACCGCUACGGCCACCCUGGGGGCGGCGGGGAGCAGCUGGCCAUCAACGAGCUCAUCAGCGAUGGCAGCGUGGUGUACGCAGAAGCCCUGUGGGACCACGUCACCAUGGACGACCAGGAGCUGGGAUUCAAGGCCGGCGAUGUCAUUGAAGUGAUGGAUGCGACCAACAAGGAGUGGUGGUGGGGGAGGAUCCUGGACAGCGAAGGCUGGUUUCCAGCCAGCUUUGUUCGACUGCGAGUGAACCAGGAUGAGCCCAUGGAAGAUUAUCCCCUGAAGGUGGAGGGGGGCAGAGAGGACGACUCCCGGCGCUUCGGGAUGGGACAGACCACCAAAGACCAAAUGAGGACCAACGUCAUCAACGAGAUCAUAAGCACAGAGAGAGACUACAUCAAGCACCUGAAGGACAUUUGCGAGGGCUACAUUAAGCAGUGCCGCAAGAGAGCUGACAUGUUUACAGAAGAACAGCUGAAGACAAUCUUUGGGAACAUUGAGGACAUCUACAGGUGCCAGAAGAAAUUCGUUAAAGCACUAGAGAAGAAAUUUAACAAGGACCACCCACAUUUGAGUGAGGUUGGCUCAUGCUUCUUGGAAUAUCAAACAGAGUUUCAGAUCUACUCUGAGUACUGCAACAACCACCCCAACGCCUGCAUGGAGCUGUCCCGCCUCACCAAGGUCAACAAGUACGUUUACUUCUUUGAGGCCUGCCGGCUGCUGCAGAAGAUGAUCGACAUCUCCCUGGACGGGUUCCUGCUGACCCCCGUGCAGAAGAUCUGCAAGUACCCACUGCAGCUGGCUGAGCUGCUCAAGUACACCAACCCCCAGCACAGGGAUUUCAAAGAUGUCGAGGCUGCCUUGAACGCCAUGAAAAACGUGGCCCGGCUCAUCAACGAGAGGAAGCGGCGGCUGGAGAACAUCGACAAAAUUGCUCAGUGGCAGAGUUCCAUAGAGGACUGGGAGGGUGAAGAUGUCCUGGUCAGGAGCUCAGAACUCAUCUAUUCUGGGGAAUUAGCCAAAAUCUCCCACCCUCAAGCCAAGAGCCAACAGAGGAUGUUCUUCCUCUUCGAUCACCAGCUUGUCUGCUGCAAGAAGGACCUCCUGCGCCGGGACAUCCUGUAUUAUAAGAGUCGGAUCAACAUGGAUGACAUGGAAAUACUGGAUGUAGAAGAUGGGAAGGACAAGGACUUCAAUAUCAGUGUGAAAAAUGCAUUUAAGCUGCACUGCCGAGACACUGAGGAAGUCCACUUGUUCUGUGCAAAGAAGCCUGAGCAGAAGCAGCGCUGGCUGAAGGCGUUUGAGAACGAAAGGAGGCAGGUGCAGCUCGACCAGGAGACAGGUUUUUCAAUCACCGAGGUGCAGAAGAAGCAGGCCAUGCUGAAUGCCAGCAAGCAGCACCACGCUGGGAAACCCAAGGCUGUCACCAGGCCCUACUACGACUUCCUGAUGCGGCAGAAGCAUCCCACCCUGCCCACCACGCUCCCUCAGCAGCAGGUCUUCAUGCUGGCAGAGCCCAAGCGCAAGCCCUCGAACUUCUGGCAGAACAUCAGCAGGCUGACGCCCUUCCGGAAAUAGGGGCAGCCCCGCGUUUGUGCCUGAACCCCUUCUGAGAAAGCACUUUAUCCGUCAGUCCUGGGAGGUGGAGCCCAGGUUCUUCCAAUCCUUUGUUUACAGAGGAUGGCACAUGUGCUCCUGCCUUCCCUAUUUAUUUUGCAGCCCGACUGACCGCCCUGGCUCCGGGGUGAGACACUGCGUGUGCAUUUGUGCCAGUGCCGCAGAGCCAGCCUUGCACAGCGCCCACGAGGCGGAGCUCCAGGAGGAGCUCACAGGAGGGAGCCUCAUGCGCUUCAGCUGAAGAGAUUUUGCUUGUCAGCUGUACUUGGACUCACUCCUUCCCACUGUGCCCACCACUGCUGUCUGGCAGCUGUCAGAGGGGGUGGCAGCUGACAGACCCACUGCCGUGCUCAGAACAGUUCAGAGUCACUGACAUGACACACUGGCCGUGCAGGGACAAACAGCCCUUCUGCUCUGCCCCUGCCCCACAUUUCUCAGAGACAUGACCCUCCUACACAGGCCCAACUAACUCAGCCUCUGCAGGCCCUCAGACAGACACAGUGAGUACAGCACUGUGACCUCUCCUCUCCUCUAGUCCAACACCACUGGUGAACGGUAUCGUACAUUAAACUGUGCCAACCUGCAGCAUGAGUCAAGUUCAAGAAUCUCUCUAGUGGGUUUGAGUUACAUAAGUUAGAGAAAAAUGUGCCUAAUUAAUACCGUACUCAAUUCCUUAGAUUCUCGUCUCUCCAUCGUUCUGCCAUAUUUCCUGGCCAAUGAAAAUGCUCAUUGUUUGUAAUGUGUUUAUUUAUGGUAAAAAUCAGAACUGUGUAUUUUGUAAGUCUGUAAUUGUUCUUGUCAGAUGUUGUUAACUUGAUGCCUGUUUUGUCUGUUUAAUUUUUCUUUUUUUUUUUUUUUAAAAAAAAAGGUCAAUAUUUGCAAACCCAGCUCCCAGAAGUCAGAGUCUGCUGUUCAACUCUGAAACGCGAUUGUUAUGCAAACUCCAACAGACCUUCACAUUCAAGGCGUGUUACUGACACCUUUAAAAAAACGGAAAACCGCUUUUUAAAAAGGCCUAAAUUUGGCAUAAGGAGCCUCCUUUAAGUACCCAAGUUUCAAACCGUGGCCAAAAAGAAUUAAUUUAAACCUUGGUUAGCAAAAGGAAAGAUUUGCCUUACCAUAGUGAGAGUUAGAAGCCAUACUGACUGAAUUCCCUAGCUUAGGAGACAUCCCGUGACAGUGGAAGGAAGACUCCUGCUCGUUCCAACUCGACACUGGUGUGAGUGAGCACUAAGUGUCUGCAGAGCUCAGAAAUCCAGUGUUUGUUGAUGCUGUAGCUGACCAAAGUCUGGUCAUCCAGGGAUAUCUGAAUUCAGUAGCAUGUACAAAGUCCUUCUUGCACUAUAUCUUCCCCCCAGACCAGGGGCAACAUUUAAUUUCAUAAAGAAACUUGUAAAAGUGACUCUCAGCCUGUGUUUGUCUCCAGCAUGUCUGUGUGAACUUGUUUUUCUCCAAAGUCACUGCAGAGAUUCUGCUCUUGCAGCUCCAGCAGUGACCACAACCCAUCGCCCUCAGAGCAACCACCCCGCACAGGGACUGGACCAGAGCGGGCACAGGGACUGGACCAGAGCGGGCACAGGGGACUCUGCACUGGAGAGGACAUGUGUCAACACUGGGGGAGGGGCAGGGAAAAAACAAACCCAAACAGAAAAAAAAAACACUCCAAGAAGCCACUGAGAUCAGGCAGCUACAUCACUGUUGGCAUAAUGACCUUUGCAACACAGACCCCAACACACACCGAGGGGACUGACACACAGAGACAGACACGGGCAAGGUGGAGAGAGAGAGAUGGCAACGAGAAGCCCUGACACACAGACACAGACACACACAGGUACAUCAGUUACAGCCAGCACCCCUCGGUAACACAAAGCAAUUGUCACGUUUCUGUUUACCCUCAGUGUCUGCACCCUCCUUUCCUUAUCCAUGGCGUGUUUGUUUUGAUUGGCCAGGAAGAAAAUCUGUUGGCACUGAAAUGAUCAAUUUUCUGAGCUUAUCGUCAGCUUUGCAGUAAGUCGGGGAGAGGACAGUUCCCCCCACAACACAUGCACACACCCUCUAAGCAUGAUCAGCUGUGAAGAUGCAACAGGUUUCUCAUGAUCUCAUCUGGCUGAAUGUGCUCAAGGGUGGGGAUUCCCCCAAGAACCUCUUUGCCUCCUUGAACAAAACCUCACUGUCCCCACCGUGAAAGAAGUGCUGACAUCCAUUCAAAGUGCCCCUUGCUGCAACAUCUGAUCUGUUUUUUUAGCCACGAUGUUGCUUAAUACAAUCAGCUUUACAUCUACAUUGAAGUCACUCAAACUCCUCACCUCUUCUCCUGAGGGGAAUGGGGUGACAGCGGCACAGGACCCUGGAGUGCAGCAGCUGUGAAGUGCAACAAUGCCCCUGCCCUCUCCUGCUGAGAACACACACAGGAACUGGCUACUAUUCCUCAUCUGGGUAGCAAUACUCUGAACAGGAGAUAAGCACCAAGUGGUUUAAAGUCUCACAUCGCUUACCAGCUCUUCCAGAAGUGAUUUCACAUCUGACCAGUGCGCACAAAUGAUUUACAGCAAUGCUUUUUACAGAAAUGUUUUCUUUAGUGCCAAACCAGACUGCUCUGGUCAGACAACAUUGCUGACCAGUUACUUACCUCUGGUGGAGAGAAAUACAUUCUCUUCACUAUCAGUACUCUUCCUAAAAAGUGUCCUCAGCUGGGACUCUAAUCUCACAUGCCACGUUUGGAGCUGGGAACAGAUCCCCCAUUGAGACUGAGAUUGGACAGCAGCUGAUCGGGCCAGAAGACGUGACACAGCUGAACAGGUAAGGCUCAAACCCACUGUGCUCAACACACCCACCCACAGCCUGCUCUGAAGAGGAUCUCAUCACCAAACAUCACCCUUUGUUUUCUACCCAGCACUGCUUCCUGAUUUUCUCACCACAACCCACAGUGCUUCCUGAACAAACUGUGUAGCAGAUCAUGUGCAAACUCCAUUGGUGUUAUGAGACACUCAAAAAAGUCAUCCCCCAAGUUCCUCAUUGAAUGGCAAAGCGUACUUGUGUGUGAGAGGUUGGUAACACAUUAACCAACCCCAAAUUUCCUUCUUUUUCACCCUGGCAUCUGGAUUUCAAAUGGAGUUCCCUUGUUCUGGCAAUGAGCAGUACCAGGGAGAACGUGUGUAGGCCAGGAAGGGUGUGUGUACACGGGGUGCAGCUUCACAAGGGCAUCAGCUAAACUUGUGAUAACGGGGCUUUUGGCAAUGAGCAACACAAGUACAGCCUCUGACAAGCUCUCUGAGCUAAAUGGACAGCACAGUCUUGCCACAUCCACAAGAAGUGCCCAUUUGACAUAUGAAGCAGAGCUGUGAGACGUCAGAGGAGCUCUGGAGAUGAACUUUCUACAUGGGCCAGAAAUGCAAAUUUUUACCCAGAACAAACUGAAGCUCUUGACAUGAGUCUGAACAGCACCAAUCCUUCUGGAUUUUGGGGUAGAACCAUCCUAACUGCUCAGAAAAGCAGUUCUGCACUGAGUUACACGAAGUGGACAAGAUUUGAUUCAGGGGUGGUUUGGGUUUUUGGCUCUAUCUGUCCCCCUCCUUCUGUAGCUAUCCACUGAGGAAGCUUCUUGUGAAAACAGCCAUGUUUCUGAAGAGGAUAAAUCUGCCCAGUUUUCACUUGGUCAAGUAAGACACAGACUUAUGUAAAGCAUGUGAAUCAAUCAAAAAAUGAUUUCCUGAAACUAUCACUAAUGUGAAGAGAACCAAUGGCUGCUAAAUAAUGAAGUUUCUGCUUUCUGUGACUGAAAACAAACAAACAAAAAUCUCUAUUUUGAACUAUUAGUUUGAAAUAACUGAUUCAGACAAGGUGGGUGUAUACACUGUGCCAAGUUCUGAGAGCAUCAAAACCAGAACAAACUGUCUUUGUACUAACUCACAAUAACAACUAGAUCAAUUCCCAUGGAGAGAAAAGUUCCCCCAAGGCAGCCUUUAGUAUCUUUUCUGUUUUGUCUGUAACCUGAAGAGCUGUGGGGUGGUGGGGAGCCCUGUCUGUGGCCAGCCCCUGUGUGCACUGCAGGUGAUUCCCACCACCCAGGACACUGCUCCACAAAGCCAGCACGGCAGCCUCUCAUCCAGGACCAGCACAAAAUGCUGCUUUUCUUGGGAUGCCAGAAUGACCAAAAUUAGGUGUUUCUAAAUGAAAAGGUCUUUCCUCUUUUGCAAUAUUUGUCAGAAUAUCAGGCUGUGCUCCUCCAAAUUUACUGUAGUGGAAGCACAUCCUCAGGAAAGAGCAGCAUUGAAGAAAUUGGUGCCAAGAUUGAUAUGUGUUAGUGUGUGGAACAAGUCCUGGACCACUCACCACCCAGACUGCUGGAGAACUGUCAGCACCUGUGGGGGACAACACCCAGCGAAGUGCUGAAUUCUUAUUUUACUGGUUUUACUUCAGCUGUUUAAUGCUCCUGUCAGGUUUCACCACAUACCUGCUAAUGAGGGUUAUGGCACUGCAAUGUCGUUCUGGACAGCGACUGUGGUAGUACAGUAAUUCCUAAAGCUUUAAGAAGGGAACUAUUCACACCUCAUUCAGCUGCUGGAGCCUCAGCCUGUACCUGCUGCUACUCAUGUUUUCUACCAAAGUUAGCAGGACUUGCCACUGCUCCUGACAUCAGCAGUACCCCAUCAGUACCAUCCCAAGCCUCAACCAGAAUGACCUGUCCCAGCCUACCAGCAGAAACUCGCUGUCACAGAGCUCCCAGCCUAAGCAAAGCUGUAGGAUCAGAUCCUCAGGUAAGUAAUGGGUUAAAGAAUAAGAGCUCUGAUAAUGGAGAGAAGUUCACUGAAAAAAACUUGAAGUGGUUUCAGCUGAUUUUAAUCCACUGAGGGCACAGUGGUGUUCUUUUAGGUUGAAAGUGCAAGGGAGGGGAUCAAUCUUCCAAGCAGCAGAGACAAAUCAAGUGAGAUCGUUUCAGAGUGAAGCCAGUGCACAGUGACAGCCAGCAGUGUGACAGGGCACAAGACUCCCUGAGUGCUACACAGGGUGGGGGAUCACACGCUCCAGAACAACCUGGAUUCACUUGCCUUUACACUCACAGCCACAGCUCCAGGCUCAGGAGAAGCCAAAGGGUGCUCCUUUCUGGCCACGCAGCAGUCCCAGCUUGCCCUGCCUUGGGAUUAACACCUCACCCCACACUUCAUUUCUGCCCAUGUCUCUCACAUGUUAUCCUUAACCAGCUACACUGCUAAAAUCCCAUGGCUUUGGCAGUGCUGGCGGUUUUAGGAAAAACGCAGGCUACUUGUUCUUUUUGCUUAACACUCCUGUCAUCUUCCUCCCCACAACUCCACCCUCCUCUCCGCACGUCCUGAGCUCCUCUUUUGCACAACUUUGCUACCAAAGCAGCUCCCUGUUUCACAGCCUGUGCAAACGCAAUACCUGUGAUACUUCCCCAGACCUGUGUACCUUUGUGUGACUGCUUACUUAUACAGUUGUGAGAUGGGAAAUAAACAAGCUACCAACUUUA